AUGGUUGCCGAAGAUCGAGCGCUGUCCUUCCACACGAACCUCCGGGGCCGAUCUGAGUCUCGUCUCGGUGCUGACCUGCAUCCUCGUAUCAUGCCAUCGGUGGAAAAUCUGUGCAUUCUGGGCCAGCAGGAACUAGGGAACUUGAGAGAAGGUUACAACGACUCAUGGAUCAAGUCGAUACCCUUCUAUGGUCCACGUCCGCAACCUGAUCACACUAUCGGGUACAACUGGUCGAACUUCAACGAGCAAGAAAGGCGUAAGCUCGGCGUUGAGCCUACCAAAAAGUCACUGUACACGGCUCGAGAGGAUAUCUACUUCCCCUUUCUGACUGCCGAGGUCAAGUGUGGGAAACAAGGACUGGAGCUGGCGGACAUGCCCAACGCCCACAGCAUGACUGUCCACCAGCGUGGCAUUGUCGAUCUCGCUCGUGGGGCAAAACGCACAAAUGUCGUGCACCGACGAGUGCUGGGCUUUUCGAUGUCUCACGAUGACAAUGGAGCACGCAUAUAUGCUCACUAUCCUGAGGUCAACGGUGAAGAAAUCACAUACUGGCGAGAAACGUUGAGAGAGUUCACAUUUGGGCGUGAUAAGGGCAAGGACAGGUGGAGGUGUUACCAAUUCACCAUCAACGUCUGCAAGAUCUUCGCGUUGCCUUUCCUGAAACAGCUGAGGGAACUGAUUGAACAACUUCCAGAUCCGGCUACUCAGUCUUUUGGACUUAGUGCGGGAUUCGAUGAUAUCAGUGUGCAGAACUUGCAGGACGAUGCGAGCACUGUGGAGUCUCAGGACGAGAGCUUCAAGAAACCCUCGGGUAGUCGUGGAUUGCAGGCUGAGCUUCGGACUAUAGUGAACAGUCUGCAGCGACAGUUGGCGCAACAAAGGCAGGACGCGGAACAGCAGCGGCAGGAUACCAAAGAACGCGAGACUGCGCUAUUGACGCAACUUGAAAAACAGCGCAUCGACCAUCUACAACAACGGCAAGGCCUCGAGCAGCAACAAAGAGAGCUCAUGAGCGUCUUGGCGACGCAGAGCAAACAGAUUGAGAAGCAGAACACAGAGAUCGAGAAGCUAACUUCACACAUAAAGGAGCUACUGCAGAAAAGGCAAAGUUUAUAG